AUUUUCAACAGGCUGAUCAGCCUGGGACUGCGACUUCGACUUCGACUUCGACUGCGACUGCGCUCGUCGUUGUCCUCAAGCACAAUCGCCACCUUUCCCCGACGGUCCUCACCACCACCAAGGCUCUAACUUUCGACAUCCACAUUACUUCCUUCUCGACACCAAUUCCGCCACCAUGUCGGAACGAAAAGUCCUCACCAAGUACUACCCCCCCGAGUUUGAUCCUUCGAAGAUCGCACGGACUCCCAAACAUCUGCGCCCAGCCGGCCCCAAGACAAUACCGGUCCGGCUCAUGGCUCCAUAUAGCAUGAAGUGCACUUCUUGUGGAGAAUACAUCUACAAAGGCCGCAAGUUCAACGCCCGUAAGGAGACCACCGAGGAGAAGUAUCUCAACAUCACCAUCUACCGCUUCUACAUCAGAUGCACGAGAUGUUCCUCCGAAAUCACCUUCAAAACAGAUCCGAAAAACAUGGAUUACACGGCCGAGCGAGGGGCUAAGCGGAAUUUUGAGGCGUGGCGCGAUCCUACUUCGACUGAGCUCCAGGAGACCGAUGAACAAAGGCUGGAUCGUUUGGAGCGUGAGGAAGCAGAGGAAGCGGAAAAUGCCGAGAGAAAUGCCAUGGAAGAGCUCGAACAGAAGAUGCAAGAGAGCAAGACCGAAAUGCAAGUCGCCGAUGCGUUGGAUGAAAUCAUGCAAAGAAAUGCACGCAUCGAACGUGGAGAGAAAGGGGCCAAAGAUCAGGAAGCACUCGACCAAGUCAGAGAUCAUGCUAGAAAUCUCCAAAGAGCUGCCGAACUUGAAGAUGCCGAGGCUGCACGUCUAGCCUUUGAAGGUGCAAACGUGGAAAAGGUCAGGCUCGAAGAACUCCGUCAAGAUCAACAACAUAUCAAUUCUCCAGACGAGUCCAGUACCCAGUCCCAGCCCGUUCCUUCGUUUGAGAAGAUUAAAAAGGUCAAGAAGCCGCUAGUUCCAGGAUUGGUGCGAAAGGUUGGCUUACCACUACCACAAACCGCGCCUGCGACAACAGUAGCACUUCCCGCAACGAAACCGGUGGGACUAGGGCUAGGCGACUACGAUUCCGACGACGACUGAGACUCUGCCGAUUGAAAACACUUUUCAAAUUCCACUUUUAAUGCCAGUCCGUCUGGUUGAUCCACAUCUGAGCACGGAUUAUCUACCUGGCUCUCCUAUCACAUCCAGAAACUGCCCGGUUCGAUGAACCAGCCUCCAGCUGCAUAGCACCGGGGUCAAAUCAGCGAAGACAUGAUGAUAUCAGCGACAGAAAUGUCCAUAUUUCAAGCAUCCGCAUACUUGGUCUUGGCCGCCGGCAGCCUCUCUUCAAUCCUGGGCACAUAGUAGUCAGGGUCCCAUGUGUCACCGACACUUGGAUGCUUCCUGACUCUCUCGGUCCACCUAUAGAAUCCCUCGGUCUCGGUCUUGAUUCGUUCCUUCAGAGAAGUUGGGAAUAUGACACCAUUGGCAAAAUCCAACAGCCGUAAUGAGAAUGGCGCAAUCAUGAUUUCCGCCAAAGUCAGAUUACUGGACUUUGUGUAAAAUGGGGCCUCCGGAUCAUUGGACGAAAUCAGGGCCUGGACCAGCGGUUCAAUUUCAGCCUUUAAAAUGUUGAGAAGAGAAGAUACAACAGCCUGGGUAGCAUCUGGUGUUGCGGCCCCUACAAGUUUGAACAUCAAGGGGUUGACUUUGGUGAAGUAAAUGUCAACGAGGAUGCGAGCUUGGUAGUGGCGGAAGGCUGCCUCGGGGUGAAGAGCACUCGACGCCAGUGCUGGUGGGAUGGGACUGAGGUGUGACGGGUGGAGAGAGAUGAGGAAGUCGACAAUAGGUCCGGACUCGGUGAGGAUGAAGGGUUUUACCUCAGCAGUGGCCGAGGGUGAGCCUUGACCACUGGAGAUAGGGGUGUACUCCAGAACGGGAACAAGGCCACGCUGGAAUUGAUACAGUCAUGUCAGUUAGGGCAGUGCCAGUAAAAGUCGGUGAAAUAAACGACGCACCGGAUUCAACGCGAGAAACCAAUCUGGCCUGGGCUUAUCGAGGUCCAACAAGACUUCUUCAUAGGGCAGAUCCAAUUCCUUCAAGGUUAUAUGGACGCGUUGAGACCAGCCACAGCCAUGAUUAGUGUACAGCUUGAUCUUAGGAGGGGCUUGGUUCGACAUGGUGACAGAGGAAAGGCUCACAGAGCGUGAUGAUAC